UUUUAUUUGCUGCUAUUAUAGUGUAUUCUAACAUGGUUCAGUUUAACCCUCAAGUAGGAUAAAUAAUAAGCCACAACCAUACUAUCAACCAGUUUUCCUACUACAGACACUGCCAGCCAUAUCAUAGCACAAAAUAAAAACAUUUUACGUGUUUUUUUGUAUAAUUGAAACGAAGAAAUAGAUCGCUAAAGCUUUUCUGGUCUUAUUUCCCUCUACGUUUAUUGUCAUCGACCAAAAUGCCUAUUUUAUUGCAUUUUGGGAAAACGCAGUGGGCGUCCGCUUUGAAAUUAUCCUGUGUUGCAUUGAUGGUGUUUCUGGCAUGUCCAGUGAAUUCCAUGGAUGUGCUGGUGCCACCACAGAUCCUCGCUCUCAAUGGGACAGAUGUCAGAAUCCCCUGUGCGUUCACUUCAUGCUACAAGCUGGACCCCAGCAAGUUUGCCAUGAACUGGACCUAUCAGGAUACAAGCAACAGCACAGAAGAAAUGUUCAUGACCUAUAAGAACAAGAUAACACCCUUGAAGUCGAGCCGAUUUGGAGAUCGAGUCACAUUUUCUGGAAACCUGGAUAAGAACGACCUGAGCAUCACUAUCUUAGAUGUGCAGUUGACAGACGAGGGCAUCUACAACUGCUAUGUGCGCAACCCUCCAGACCGCAUUCAGGGCCAUGGCGCCAUUCAGGUCCUUGUCCUGACUGAAUUGCCGCCACCAAGAGAUUCGACCAUUGCUGUUGCCAUCGGGGCAUCUGUGGGAGGAAUUCUAGCUUUGCUCAUUCUGUCCAUGGUAGUGGUGAAGUGUAUUCGCAGACAUAAGAACCAGGAGCUGAUCUCAGAUGAGCAGAAGAUGGAGGAAGAGGGCAAAGCAGAUGGAGAAGGAGGCACAGAAGAAGCAACAAAACAGCCCUAACCCGCAAUCUUAGCCCUGGAGGCCUAACUGAUGGUGGAGCUCCAUCCUACACAUUCUGAAAUUUAAGCCUGCCUGAAGAUAUGUAAAACUUGUUUGACUCUUCAUCCUAUAACUGUCUCAUUCAACAUUCCUCGGUUUCUCGUGUAGCAGUCACAUAUGUCAUAAAGGAAGAUCUCCACCACAGUGCCAUGGUGUCCAGUUACCAGUGAGAAAUUACCCCACAAAGGGUUUCAAACUGCUUCUUCCACUCAAUACAACAGGUUAAGGUGAUAACUUCCUUCAGAACUCUUCGUUUAGACCACCCUUUUUUCAAAGUCAAGUAAUGUCUUUUUUUCUUCUUCAACUACUGCCACUAUUAGCACUAUUAAUAUCAGCCAUCCAGUAUUUCUGAUGAAAAAUUUCUAACCAGAUGAAUUUAAAAUUAUAGAAGGUCCUCUUACAACUGCCAAAGUGUUUUUACCCUUAUGGUGUUUAUACGUUUUAAGAGUUUCUUGAGAAAUCACUGCCCUCAACAACCUCUCAAGUGGAUGUAGAAACAUAAUGUGUGUGUUUGUGUGUGCCGUCUCAUUGUGCCAAUUUGCUCCUGUUGAGUCUAAAAGUUUAUCCUGUUUUUACAGCAGACUAUUAGGCAGGACCGUGACUAUACAUCAGUGUUCAAAAUCUAUAAUUCGCUAGUUUACAGCACAUAGCACACCUCCAAAACAUGUACAAUCAUUGCAUGACAAUUUUCUUAUGCAUGAUACACAUAAUUUGCACAAAACAAAUCAUUAAUUUGCACAAGCAUCUGGCACAUUCCACAAAUAGGGUAUAUUUUGCUGUUCCAUGGCAUUUUUUAAAAGCCUUAGAGGCAUUAAUCCUAUGUUGUCUUUGUUUUGACCUAUUAGAUAUUGCGUAUUUGUUAUUUAACAUGAAACUAACUUAGCAUGAAAGUGACUUUUUUUUGUCGGUUUGUUAAUGGUGAUUUUGACUUCCACCUGAGAGGACUUGGUCUUCAUGACUAUCUAACAAUUAAAAUCACAGAAGAGCAUCAUCAUUUUAAAAGAUGAAAAGUAAAAGUGAGUGAAUUCUUAAUUUCUUUAUUAACCUUAUUAAAACUUAUUUGCCCCAUUACCAAAUAAGUAAAUAAAUAAACAAACAAACAAAUAAAAAAUUGUGAGGCCCAAAAAAUAAGCUAGUUUGGACGUAAAUAAUCUCUAUUUUCUCAGUUAUGAAUAGAAAAAAUAUCAAACAAAUGUCAUACUGAGUGACAGCUUAAUUUAUGCUGAAUUUGCUCUAAUUUGCAACCCUGAAGAAAAAAAUGGAGUUUCAGCUAUUUUGUACCCUAUUUAUGAAAAAUGCCAUUUCCAAAACAUUGCUUUCACACAUAAACACCAUCAUUCAGGUGCAGUGAUUAUGUGGCAAGUUAGACAUGAUCUAUAUAUAGAUAAAAGCCAAAAAACAACUGAUACAGAAAUUUGAUUGUUAAUAUUAUCGAUUGUGUUUGACAUGUUGUGAUGUGUUAUUGGGAAUGUGUGAAAUUUGAUUAUGAGGUCAAUCAUUCUUUUUCCAUCAUAUAAUAUGUUCUGAAAGAGGCUAAAGUGGUUUUAAAUUGAGUAACAAGCAAAUGAAAGAUACUGGAUUAAUGAAUGUGCAUUUAAUGGAAAGAUUAAAAAGUAAUCAAUUCUGUAUGACAUAUAUCAUAUUUGUAUGUAUACAGAGGAAAUAAGAAACUUUGAUUUCAAGUAAUUGGAAAAAAAAAGAGAACCAAAACAAGCUUUUUUUCAUGUGAUGGGAAUCCAUUUUGAUAGUGAAACACAGUGAUUGUGAACUUUCAGUAACAGACUGCAGACUGUGUAGCAGAUUAUGUAGGGAAGGGGCAGGUCCCCUACAUAACAUCUGCUAAAUCGAACAAUUUCAAAGAAUAGCCUCAAUAUUUUUACAGCAUAUUUUGUGUUAUUGUGAGGAAACGUGAGUAUUAAAUAGUUCUAAAUAGUUAGAUUAAAAAUAAAUAUAUCAAAAUAUAUAUUAUAUGUAUAUUGUAAUCUUGAAUGAUGUCGAAAAGUAGCAGUAUAUGUCUAAUUUAAACAUUCUGUAUAUUUAAUUUGAAGCAAGACAAUAUCAUAGAGAUGUAGGCUCAUUUACAAAUGGUUCUUCUAUGUUCUUAUUAUAAAACCUUAUACAAGAUAUACAGUAUUUGUCUACAGACCAUAGGAGUAAAGUAGUUCACCACUUAUUUUACUUCACCAUGUAUGAUUACUUAGUGUGCAUGCUGUAACACUGCAUUCAUGCUGCACAGGCCCAAAGCCUGGAGCCACAGUGAUUUUGAGCCCAGGAAGCCUCACCCUCUGCUGGGCAAAGCCGACACCCACACUGGCUUCUGUUUACUCACACUUUAACUCACUCAAUCCCCUUAUGACUGGCUUAUUUUAUAAUUUAAUUUAUUUGUUUAACUGACAUAGGUGUUAUGUUACACUUCCACAUCAUAUUGUACUCCAAUAAGUAUUUAAUAAAUCAAGUUAUAUUGCUUCUUGUUAUAUAAAAAUGUACCAUGAAGGAUUGCUGUGUUACCUCUAUAAUUUUGGUCAAUUUUUACCUCAAAUUCAUUGUAAGGGAAUGUGUUAAUUUUAAUGUUUAAUUCAGUAAUGCUUUAUUGUAUUAUGAACCAAAACUGAGAUUUACAUAUGGUGUAAUCAUAACUGUUAACUGUUAUUGCUAUAUAUUCAAUGAUAAUCAUGUAUUCAGUGACACUCAGUUACUUUGUUCACAUACACAUGUACAUUGUAUUUUUACCACCAUGUUUUGCAUUAGAUAUUUGCAUAAUGUGAGCGACAUCAGGCAACCACAAAAUGUUAAAAAGUCUCCUAAAGGAUAUAAUAAAACCAUUAAGCUCAUAAUUUGAUUUGCUGAAUAGCAGUUAACAUUAAGCCAGCUUGUGAAAUCCAGACUGCGGCACAAUGAUUUUAUGGCUAGCACUUUAGUGGUUGCCAUUCAUAGGUUGAGUUUCCAGGGAACAUGACUCUAAAUCUCUGAUUAUCUUCUAUUAGAAUUAGACAACAAUUUC